AUGAUGCGCGUCUACUGCGCGGAGUACUCGAAGUUACCGCGCCCUUUCCUCGACGAGCCCAGCGCCGACAUGGCGGCGGCGGCUGCUCAGUGGGGCGUGGUGCGCGACGAGGUAAGCGGUGUCGCGCUGUGUUUCAACCCGGAGCGCCUCUCCUGGGACCUCCUCCCGAACUGUCUCCGCUUCUCGCUCCGCGAGCGGUUCCAUUGGGCCUGCGACAAGCAGGAGUUCGACGCCCAGGUGAUCCGCGAGAUCGGCGGGGGCGCGCGGGGCAUGGCCGCGGGCGCUCCUGCGCCGUGGGCAGCGAGGCUCUUGCAUCUCGCCAUCCAGACCACUGCGCUGCGCAGCUCCACCGCGGUCGGCUUCUUCUCGGUUGUUGGCGCCAAGAUGUCCUACUGCCACAUUGGGGGCGUAUCCAUCCAAGCGUGGCGCAAGUCGGCGCUCGCGGGAAGCUGCGCGCGCUCCUUCAUCGCCGGGGGCCGCCGCGUCCGCAUCGCCGCGGAGUCAGGCGAGGCCGACUACGGCGUCGCCCAAUUGAGCCCGCGUGACACCAUUAUAUGCUGUUCCGACGGCGUCGCUGAGAACGCCCCGUGCGAUGCCGUGAAAUCCGUGCUCGCGUGGGCAGAUUCCGACGCGCAGGCCGCGGCCGAGCGCGUGAUCGAGUGCGCGAAGAGGCGGACCGCCGCCGCAACCGACGCGCGCAUCCCGACCGCCAGAGGCUGCCAUGCGAUGGCCGCCCGCGGCGUUGUCGCCGAGGCUGCCGACGUGCACGCCCAAGGCGCGAAGUCGCUCGGCGUCCACGAGUGCGCCGAGGGCAUGGCGAACGACGUGUUCGUUGCUGCGUGGGAUAACGCGAAGAGCAUGAAAAAGGCGCCCCCCCUUGGCAAGCCGAAGAUCGACGGCGGUCUCGACCGUGGGGGCUCGGUGGACGUUUGCGACCUGCCCGUCGAGCCAUGGAACGCUCGCGGCAACGGGUCCAUGAAGUCCGUUGUCGACGUCGUCAUUAACGUCGCCGCCGCCGAGAUGGCCGCUGUGGGCUGGACCAAGAUCGAAGACAUUAUGACGGAAGUGCGAGGGCCCACAUGCGCGAUUAAUCUUGCCGUCGCGCUGAAUCUUGCCGUCGCGCAGAGGGUCGCAGACGGACUCCCGAUCAUUGUGAAGUGGAUUCAGUUCAUUGGCGGCGAGAAGAGCCAAUUCGUGAGGGGCAGCAUUAUCUGCGGCAACAUGCGCGUUUUGGACUGGCGCAAGGACGUGCCAACUCUGCUCGCGCGAUGCAGAUUCUCUUCGAACGCCUCGGUGGUGUCCAAGCGCGACACUGGGACGGAGCGGAUAGAGUGCGAGCUGGUGGAACCUUGGUCGCCAAUUCACAACCUGAGGCGGGAGCUCAUCAACGCGGUCCUCGAGGUGCUGCGGGGCCGCGACCACUUCGCCAAUGGGCCGGAUUACUACCCCAUCCUACUCCCAGAUGUCCGCGAUGAGUGCCAGGGCGCCAUGCGGUGCGCCCUGGAGACGCUGGGCACCAACGCCGCCCCGUGCAUGGGCGAGGCCGGCUUCGGGAAAACGCCGUUCAUGAUGGCGAUGGCCAUGGCCAGCGCCAGGCGCAACGCCGACGCUGAGAACAGGGCGACUGGCCGCGCCGACGCGAUGGCCGCUGUGCGGGCGGGGCCCGACGUGGAUUUAUUUCGCGGUGAAGUCGGGCGGCGCUGGGCCCCUUGCAUCUUCGACGACGGUGGCCUGGCUGGGCCGAGGCCGGAGAUGUCGUUGAAAUCGUGCUUCGAUCCCACUCAGGCGGAGGCCAUGACGUACGUCAGUGCAGCGCCGACAGCUACGCAGUGGGCGCUGGCAUCCACGGGCGCCGACGCCGCCCAGAAGACGACCGCCGUCUUGACCGACGUGCUCAUGCCGGCGUCCCCGAAUAACUUCGCGCCGAGCAAUGUCGGCGCAAUGCUGAAGCACAGCGCCAUGUUCUUGAACGCUCCGACCGACGUGUUCUUCAGGCUCGCUGGUGUCGAGGGCGGCGUGGAGAGGCUUCCGUUGACGGAUGGGCACCUCAAGCCCGAGGCGGGCAAUGCGCCGCGCUCCUACCUGGCCCGCGGGGUCAUGCGCGACCAGGAGGAGUUCGACUGGGUCAUGGCAUGCGAGAAGAAGAUGGUCAUGGAGAUCAUGGCUAGGCGCGGCGUCGAGUACGGCGUCCCCGCGGAGGCCGCGGGCCCAGCGGGGGGGCCAGCCGCGAGCGCUGCCGCGCCGCUGCCGCCGAGCUCGGCCGUGCGGACGGGGGGGGGCCUAUCCAGCUUUGGCGGCUCCAUGAGCGGCGAGCGAGUGGAGGUGCCCUUGGCCGCCCCCGCUGCGCCGACGGCGCAGAUUAAGCGGGGGCCUUCCAAGAUCUUCAGCCGCAACUUGCGCCAGAGCGGCCCCGUCGAGUUGGACCUCUGCAGCCCCUUCCCGUUUAUGAAGGUGAAGUUCGAGUCGGGCACCUUCCCGCUGAAGAAGGUGAAGCUCGAGCCGGGCUCUGGCGACGUGGCGGGGAAGGGCGAGCUCGGGGAGAAGCCGCCGAAGCCGCGCAGCGCCUCCAUGUGCGGCUUGACGCGGGCGUCGACUCUCGCGUGCCAUCGCGAGUGGUGCUCGCUGAAGUGCCGGGUUGCCCCUGUGGCAGGAGGGCGCUCGGCUGCGGAUCAAGUGGCGCCUGAUGUCUGCAUCUACGACGAUGGGCGCGCGAGCGGGCAUAGGCAGUGUCAGGUCCAUCUGCCGCGGUCGAUCGAGGCGCCCGUCGGGGCAUCUGUCGCCCCCGAGGACGUCGGGGCGAAGAUGGCGACGCUCGACGACGCCAUCGAAAUGCUGAGCCACGUGCGGGUCGUCUGCCAGUGCCGCGCCGUGGCGACUUGGCGCGGCUUCCCCGCGCCUAGGCGGGGCAAGGCGCGCGCCGUCCUGGAGACGGGGGAGACGAAGCGGAAAGCCCCGUCGCGCGCGGGGAAGACGCUGGCGAAGAAGCCGGCGUCGAACCAGAGUGCGAGGGAGGUGCCCUACGUGCGGCGCGGCAAGAGAACUUGCGCAUCCAGUCCGGAGCGCGCUGCUUCCAAGAGGAGCGCGUUCAAUUUCAUUCGCGCCAGUGACCGUGAGAUCGUCGACAUGUUGCUUGAGGACCAGGUCUUGGAUAAUUCGGAUGGCCAGACGUGCUCCUUCUGCGAGAGAGGAAUCCUCGGCCCCCCCAAGGGCGUCCAGGGCCGUGGGCCUCGGUGCCGCUGCAACCAGAAGGCCUGCCACAAGUUCUCCUUGCCCCGGGGCGGGCGCGUGGUCUUCAGCAGCGGCUCUGGCGCUGCCGUGGCGCCCUUGCAGGGGCAGUCCGCCGUGCUGUUCGCCGUCGGGGACGACGCGCCCCUCGCCGAGAUCCACGGGCUCACGGGCAAUGGCCGCAAGGCGAUCGAGAGCAUGGGCAAGUUCGAUGAUGCGCGCCGAAAGAAUGACGUGCUGCAGCAGGAGAAGCGGGGUCUCACCGAGCAGAGGGCGCCGGGCCCAGGGGCGAUGCGCUUGCCUGAGUGGGCGCCGUUCGCUCGCGAGAAUUUGAGCAGCGGGGACGUCGUGCUCCGCGCGGGCGGGGCAAACGCGCGCGAG